AUGUGCUUUUCUACAUCAAAGCGUGACACAGAUUCCGUGUUUACCCCUCAAAAAGUGAGCAAGCGAAUGCACCUUUGUUUGAAUUCGGAUAAAGGAACAUCAAAUGAGAACAAAUGCAACUGCCAACCCUCCUCAAAGAAUCAAUGCAAUAUGAGGGAGCAUGCUUAUGAGCUUCUAGAGACCUUGGAACAAAUCGAGUAUCACAUCAAUUAUUUGGAGGCUGAUCGGGUGCGAGAUACAGAGGAACUUGAGGACACAUGCAUGACACAUUUUCAAGAGAUUGAAGAGUUGGGGAUUAAGCAUGACAAGGAGCUUCAAAGGUAUCACGAGCGCAUUAACGCAUUGGAAGAUGAGAUGCGACAUCAGCAGGAGAUGCUAAAUGUCCUCAACAACAAUGUCGAGCAGCUCCAGGAGGAAAACAGAUCAUCAAAAGAUGGAUAUUGA